AGAAAAAAACUCAUCGAGGAUGGAUGAUCACAUAAUUUUCUCAUUAUGGCCAAAUCCCUCUCCCUUCCAUCGCGUCCCUUCAAUUCCCCUUCUUCUUCCAUUGGAACCCAUCUCUCUCAACCCCCCAAAAUCUCUUGUUCUUCCAUAUCCAUUCAAUCUCAAUCACCCAAAGACCAACUCCUCGCCCUCAUCUCCGACCAAGAAAGAGGUCUCAAGACCCAGAAAAGCCCUCAGAAACUUGCUUCAAUUGUGAAAUCAAUCGACGCCUUGGCGUCUCUGGCCCCGAAUUCUGUCACAACGGACGAUUCACUUUCUGCGACAUGGCGUCUUCUAUGGACCACUGAGAAAGAGCAGCUGUUCAUCAUUGAGAAGGCUCACUUGUUUGGUACUCAAGCUGGGGAUGUUUUGCAGGUGAUUGAUGUCAAGAAAAAGAGUCUUAAUAAUGUCAUCACUUUUCCUCCAGAUGGGGUUUUCUUCGUUCGAUCCAGCAUUGAAGUUGCUUCCUCUCAGAGAGUGAAUUUUAGAUUUACAAGUGCUGUUCUGCGAGGAAAAAAUUGGGAAAUUCCUUUGCCACCAUUCGGACAGGGCUGAAUCAAAAGCUGGGACAAAUUAUAGACUGAGACUCAUCAAUGACUUCAAUCCCUGAUACAUCAAAAACUCCACCUUCUGUCUCUACAAAAAGCUGAUUCUCGGACAACAUCAUCCUUCAUGUUAAAAACUCCUCCAUUUUCUGUGACAUGGUGUAAUCCAUAUGAAUCCAAGGGGGUUUGAAAAGUCAAAGAGAGAAUUCUAUUGAAGAUAUGUGAGAUUCCACAUCGGUUAGGGAGGAGAACGAAACCUUCUUUAUAAAGGAGUGGAAACCUCUCCCUAGCAGACGCGUUUCAAACACCUUGAGGAGAAGCUCGAAAGGAAAAGUCCAAGAGGACAAUAUCUGCUAGCGGUGGGCUUGGGCCGUUACAAAUGGUAUCAGAGCCAGAUACCAGGGGAUGUGCCGAGGAGGCUGAGUCCCAAAGGACGUGGACACGAGGGGGUGUGCCAGCAAGGAGGCCGAGCCUUGAAGGGGAUGGAUUGUGAGAUCCCACAUCGGUUGGGGAGGAGCAGAUACCAGGGAGAGGUUUUCAUACUUGUUUCGUUUCCCUCUCCAACCAACGUGGGAUCUCGCAUUAAUCCUCUUUCUUUUAUAUCGUACUUCUUUGUUUCUGAUCUGACGGUACUGGCAUUAGCUUGUUGAGGUUAUUCCAAAAGAACCAAUACUACUUACCAAGCAGCCCACAGCACCAUUGUCUCUUUUAUUCCUCCAAAGAAUCACGGACAUGUGAAAACUGGAGUUCGAUUCUAUUUACUGCAUGUUGAUAGAUGUCUUAUCCUCUUAUGUCUCCGGUUAUAAUACGAGAGCUAAACGAGUUCUACUUCUGUUAUAGUCCAUCCAUGCCGCUGGAAUCUAUGUCUAUCCUUCUGGAAUCUGUGUCCUUAUUAUGCAACAGAUCUCAAUGUUUAGGUAUUGUUGUUGUAAACCUCGAAUACUAUUAUUUGGGCUAUCCCACCUAUUGGUAUCAAAUCU